GACCUUCCAGAAGAAAUAAUCGGAAAAAUGUACCGGUGUCCAACAAAGUCACUAAAUUCGGCUCUCAAAAGAGCAACAAUUUGUCUAAGAGGGGCUCCUGUUUUAAGUACAUUCCAAAGCACUCAAAAAGGAGUUCAGCAAGCGUCAUCAAGAUGUAUGAGUGGCUACACCCCAGCAGAAUGGAAGACCGACAAACAGAUUGACAUAGAGCACCACACCACCAUGAAUCACCUGCCAGUUCCCAAAGGCUCCUGGCAGCAGAACUACCAAGCGCGGAACACCAAGUGGAACAUGAUGAUUCUGGCCAGUACUGCCUUCUUGGGCGUCACAGUUUAUGUGAUGCACCGAAACAAUUGUUUCUAUGUCCAUGGAGUACCAGAUUAUAAAAAGAUCAAAGUUCCUCGGGAAAUGCUUGGCCUACCACCUCUAGGUGGGGGUGCCACUCCGAUCAAUCCGUCCGCCUCCAGUGAUACUGCUGCUGCCACUGCUCUAGAGUUUGCCGUCGAUUCUGAAAUAACUGCGGCAGCAAAGGAUAUUGCACGGAAGGCUGGAGAAGUUGUAGCUGGAGAACCCAUCCAUGUGUUGUCAAAAGAGGCUGGGAAGACGGCUGCCGCCACAGCAGUAGAGACGGCUAGUGACAUGGGUCUCGGUGCGGCGUCUGGGGACGUAUCAAAAGCCAAACCAGGAAAACCAAUCCCAGUGUUAUCGAAAGACGCCGGGAUUACUGCUGCGGCCACAGCAGUGGAGACCGCCAGUGACAUGGGUAUUGGCGCAGCCUCGGCUGACAUAUCAAAAGCAAAACCUGGAGAACCCGUGCAUAUCUUAUCCGAAGAAGCUGGUCGAACCGCUAGCACCACAGCCGUUGAAAUGGCUGUCGAGGGCCUUGGAGCUGCAGCUAAAGACAUUGGUCAGGCUAAACCAAGUGGAAUAUCGUCUGCACCAAUACUUUCGGAAGAUGCUGGGAAAACUGCUGGUACUACUGCCGUUGAAACAGCAACGGAAGGCCUGGGUGCUGCUGCGAGAGACAUUUCUCAGGCCAAACAAAGUGAAAUAUCUGUAUCACCAAUACUUUCAAAAGAAGCGGGGAAAACUGCUGGUACUAUGGCUGUAGAGACAGCAAUUGAGGGGCUGGGUGCUGCUGCCAAGGAUAUUGCCCAAUCAAAGUCAAGUAAGGGUGCUACUCCGGCCCCAGUACCACUGGAGAGCCUCCCAGAGAUCCCAGGCCAUGCUCAGUAUCUCCUGAUCGGAGCGGGUACAGCAUCAUUUGCGGCCUACAGAGCUAUCAAGGGCAAGGAUGCGAAGGCAAAGAUCUUAGUCAUUGGAGAUGAGGCCACCAUCCCAUACAUGAGGCCACCGCUGUCAAAGGAACUCUGGUUCACUGAGGAGUCAAAGGUCGCAGAUCUGAAGUUCCAGCAGUGGGACGGCAAGGAAAGAAGUCUCUUAUACGAGCCGGAAAGUUUCUACAUUAAUCCGAGGGAGUUGAACAUGAAGGAGAAUGGCGGAGUGGCUGUGGUGACUGGCCGCAAGGUCGUCAAGUUGGAUAUCGGUGCUCAGACCGCGAUCCUUGAUAACGGCUGGGAGGUGAAAUACGACAAGUGCCUGAUCGCCACUGGAGGAAAGCCGAAAACUAUACCCGUUUUUGCAAAAGCGACAGAAGAAGUCCAAAAGAGGACAACUCUGUUUAGAAAUAUAAAAGACUUCCACCGUCUCAAUGACGUUACAAAAGCUGCUGAUGUCAAAUCUAUAGCUAUUGUUGGAGGUGGUUUCUUGGGAAGUGAAUUGGCCUGUGCUCUUGGAAAGAGAGCCAAGGCCCCCAACAGUGAUCUGACGGUGACCCAGCUUUUUCCCGAGUCUGGCAACAUGGGCAAAGUGCUUCCCGAAUAUCUCAGUAAAUGGACGACGAAUAAAGUUAAAGCAGAGGGCGUUGAUGUUCGACCAGGCAGUAAUUUGAAGUCGGCUGCGUUUAAUAACGGACAAGUUGAACUCAGUCUUCAGGGUGGAGAAAAGCUUCUUGUUGAUCAUGUGAUAUUGGCCGUUGGACUGGAACCCAGUGUUGAGUUAGCCACAGCCUCUGGUUUAGAAAUCGAUGACGUUCACGGUGGAUUCAGGGUCAAUGCCGAAUUGGAAGCGAGGAGUAAUGUAUGGGUGGCCGGGGAUGCAUCGUGUUUCUACGACGUCAAGCUGGGCAGACGACGAGUUGAACAUCACGACCAUGCUGUCGUCAGUGGUCGUUUGGCUGGAGAAAAUAUGACCGGUGCCGGAAAGCCUUAUUGGCAUCAGUCGAUGUUUUGGUCUGAUCUCGGGCCAAGUGUUGGGUACCAGGCAAUAGGUCGUGUUGAUGCCACUCUUCCUACAGUAGGUGUGUUUGCUCAAGCCACAGCAGAAGAUACUCCUGAAGCUGUUGUGAAGAAGACAGGAGAAAGCCUUAGAUCUGAGACAGAAGAGGUUGUGUCCACCAAAGGUGCCAAAGCAAUGGACGCUGUUAAAUCGUCACCGACGGUCAGCGAAAAUUAUGGGAAGGGAGUAGUCUUUUAUACGAAGGAUGAUGUGGUGGUCGGAAUUGUAUUAUGGAAUGUCUUUAAUAAAAUGGGGGUAGCUAGAAAGAUUAUCAAGGAUGGCAUCAGACAUAAAGAUCUAAAUGAAGUAGCAAAAUUAUUCGAUAUCCACAGCUAGAGGCAACUACAGUGGAACCUCCCUUAGUGGACACCUCUCUAUUAAGGACACUAGUUCUAGACCCAAUUUGGUUGUUUCCAUUCAAUUUGACCUCUAAUCCGGACACCUCUCUAUAAAGGACAGCACUUGUCAGUCCCAAGGGUGUCCUUAAUAGAGAGGUUCUACUGUAUACAAACAUUUGAUUCAAGUAUUUUGUUUGGCUUAUUUCAAUCAAGGACAAUAUAGCCAUUGUGGAACGAGAAUUGGACAUCUACAUGUAAAUAAUUUAUAAGGUUUCUACUCAGUCUGAUUGUUAGUGAAAGUGUUUGCAGAUUAGGAUUCUAUGAUUACGAAUUUGUGUGGUCACAGCAUGUCUAGAGUAGCAGUUGAGGCCGUUAUGUGCUAAAAGAGAGAUAGUUAUAACUCUCUAUUGGGAAAUGAAAGUACCAGAGAAAGUGCUCUUAUCAAGGUGUUUGUGUUUUGAGUGUAUUGAGAAGACAUUUGAUAAAGAGGAGUCCAAGAAUUGUUAUGAAAGAAGGAGUUAUUUUGGAUAAUUUUGAUUGAUUUUGAAUUUUAUCAAACGUUGGUAUGAAGCAACGACAUAAAAAUUUGAGACUUUGCAGUCGCUGAUUAUGAAAUAGUUUUGAUGCCAAGAUGGCAUUGAGGAGAAUUCAAAAUUGUUUAACGAAGGAUUUGUUUUUUUGGAGAAUUUUGAUAGAUAUCGAUCAAAAUAGAAACAUUAGUAGCAACGACCCAAGAGUCAGAGACCUUACUGUUGCUGAUUAUGAAAUAGUUUUGAUGCCAAGAUGGUAUUGAGGAGAAUUCAAAAUUGUUUAAAGAAGGAUUUGUUUUUUUGGAGAAUUUUGAUAGAUAUCGAUCAUAAUAGAAACAUUAGUAGCAACGACCCAAGAGUCAGAGACCUUACUGUUGCUGAUUAUGAAAUAUUUUGAUGCCAAGAUGGUAUUGAGGAGAAUUCAAUUGUUUAAUGAAGAAUGAAUUGUUUCGGAGAAUUUUGAUAGCUAUCAAUCAUAAUAGAAUCAUUAGUAGCAACUACCGAAGAUUUAGUGACCUUGCACGAGAUGCUGAUUGAAAAAUGUUUUUUUUCCAAAAUGUGGUAUAUGUCUUUAGCAGCAAACCCUUGCGUGAACCCCCUCCCUACCUCCAGGUUCUGCAUGUGUAAUAAUUCACAUAGUCCAUGGUCUUUCAAUGCACAUGUUAUGGUAGCAAUAUGUACACGUAGUUGUAAAUGAUAUUGUUUACAGUUGCUAUAACUGAAUCCUCACGUUGUGAUAAUAA